UCUAUAUAAGAGUGGUCCAUACCGGAUGUUGACCCAGAACUUUGCGUGCAGUGAAAGUGUGCCCGGUGCAAAUACAUUUUUGCCGGAAACGAUAAUGAAAGUCUAUUUAAUAUUGGGUCUGCUGGUAACGACUGCAUGUGCCGAGAAGAAAAUUAAUCUAGAAGAUAUAGAAAGAGAUAAUCUAAAGGCUGAGAAUAAAGUCAAGAACGAGAACAUUCAGACUGAUGAAACGAAAUAUGCCGCCCAACCCAAUCAGCAGCAAUAUCAAAUACCGAAUCAAUAUACUACUUUGAAUAGUAAUUCUGAUCCCUAUAUCUAUCCUCAAGAUGUAAAAUAUAGUCUACCACCUGAAGGAUAUAAUCAACCUAACCAAUAUUCGGUACACGAAGCACAGUACAAGCAGCCAAGUCAAAUUUUGACACAGCAAAUUCCAUCAAUACAAUAUUACAGAGAAUAUCAACAGCAAGCGGAAAUACCGACAAAUGCCGGUGCUUCCACUGUCUUUGAAUCUCAAAAAUUAAGCUAUCAACCGGAAAUACCGAUAGGCAAUUAUAUUCAAAGUGUUCAACAAAAAGCAGCCACAGAAAAGUACAUAAAAGCCGGCAGUAAAGAACCUGCUUAUCUCGAGGUUCCGGUGACUCAGCUGCUUUCUUAUUAUCCCCAAGUGAAUAUUAAUUCUUUAGGUGGAAAAAGUGCCGGAUUGGGACAACCUUCGUUACAUCAGUCAGCUAAUAACGCGGCUCAACAAUUUUCCAUACCCGUGUACGCUCCCAUAUACAAUCAAAAACAACUGGUCCCUUCGGCAAAAACAGCUUAUUCUACAGUUGUGCCAGGAACAUUUAGAACCAAAGCCUCGAAAGGAUCAGCCUAUACUCUCCCAAUUACGUCGAAGAAGAUUAAUUUGUCCACACUGCUGACGUCGCCCGUGUACGUGCAACCCCAACAAUCCCUUACUAAAGGAAAGACGCUAUUACACACGCAAGCUUACAUCACGCCGUCGCAACCGCGAUAUGUGCAGCAGUUAGUUUACACGCAGCCUGGCAUAGUUUACACCGAUCCCGCUGCUGCUUACAGCGAUAUUUACGCUCGUUUACCAGCAUACAUUGACGACAAUUCUCUUCGCGGGCAAAUAAAUCAAUAUCAAACCCAACAACAAUACUACAUUACACCGCUUGUCCCCGAAGCACAGAAAAACAUCUUGCAGGAACAAAUCAGCCAAGAUCUUCCACAAAAUUAUGUUAAGAUGCCUGAAGAACCUAAGACUCACUUCGUGCCGCCGCAAUUGCCUUCGCAGGACUUCAAAUCCGGUAUUACGCAAUUGGCACCUGUUCCUUUCGAAGACGAACGCUCCUUGCCGGCGCAAGAUCAAUCUCUGUCAGUGCAAGAUCAUUCCUUGCCCACAGAGCCAAGGUCGCUACUUGACACGUAUAUUCCGAGUAAAAUCAUCGCUGCGCAAGAUACCGCCAGGUACAGAGAAAGACCGAUAAAAUUGGAAGGAGGUUUUCUUCCUUCAAAGGUAAAUUUUGCGCUUAAGAAACGUAAAACCGAAUGAUGAGGUCAUUCGAAUUCGCUGUUAGCGGUAUGAUUGACGAAUGUCAACAUACACAAGGGUCAGUACAGCAUGAAAAGAUGAUUAUUAGUAAUUAUGACGACCGAGGCAUACUCGACGAUAUCGAAGAUAUGCUGACUGAAGAUAGAAAUCAGCGGCAUCAUCGUAUCUAGUCUUUCAUUGAAGAUUUUGUAAACUUUUUAUACUAUUCUUUUUUUAUGUUUGUAUAAAGAUGCGCUCAGUAAACAGCGUAUCUUGUGUUUACGAUUCUUUUAAUAAAA